AUGAAACCUAUCAUCCUUCAAGGUCACGAGCGAUCACUCACUCAAAUCGUCUUCAACUCUGAAGGAGAUUUACUUUUCUCAGCAUCAAAAGAUUCAGUGGUAAACGCAUGGUUCACUUCGAAUGGUGAACGAUUAGGUACAUUCGGUGGAAUUAAAGGUGAUGGUGGACAUAAUGGAAGUGUAUGGACUGUUGCUGUUGAUUCACAAUCACGAUUUCUCAUCACCGGGGCAGCAGAUAACUGUAUGAAGUUAUGGGAUAUCUCAACGGGAAAAUGUUUGUUCACUUGGGAAUUCUUAACGGCUGUCAAAAGGGUACAAUGGAAUGAAGACGACGAUACCAUUUUGAGCAUCACAGAACAACGAAGUGGUCAACCUUCAAUUAUUCGAAUAUUCAAAAUCAACAGAGAUGAACCAUCUGCUCAAACAACCACCCCCAUAACAACAAUGACUUUAUCAGGAUCAAAAGCAACAGUAGCUUUAUGGUCACCAUUAUCGGAAUAUAUUUUAACAGGUCAUGAAUCUGGUAAAGUAGCGAAAUACGAUGUCAAAUCAGGUGAAGAAGUGAAUUAUAUCGAUGAUGCUCAUUCUGGUGAAAUUACCGAUAUUCAAUCGAGUCCAGACGGAACUUAUUUCAUUACCAGUAGUAAAGAUAAAACUGCCAGAAUCUUCGACUCUGAAACUCUCCAAGAAAUGAAAGUGUACACUACGGAAACUCCUUUGAACAGUGCUUGUAUCGCACCAUUACGUCCUUAUGUAAUUCUCGGUGGUGGUCAAGAUGCAAUGUCGGUAACCACCACAUCUCAACGAGCGGGUAAAUUUGAAUCUAGAUUCUGGCACAAGUUGUUCGAGGAGGAAGUCGGUCGAGUCAAAGGACAUUUCGGUCCAAUCAACACACUCGCUGUUCAUCCUCAAGGGAAAGCUUAUGCUUCAGGUGCGGAAGAUGGUUUCGUAAGAGUACAUUGGUUUGAUGAAGGUUAUUUCAGAUCAAGACCUUUUGGUGAUUUAGAACCUGAAGUCGAAGUGUAA